AUGGCUUCAAUUUCUCUUCCCCCGCAGCCCCGGUCGGGCUUCACUCAACAUUUCGAUUCACUCCCGUCCAACGACCAGUCAAAUCGUCGACUUACAAUGCCUCCAUUGCCAAAUCCACCAUUUGUGUUUCCGGCGCAAGACCCGGACGCUCCAGUCUCGGUCGACUCGGAACGCCGAACGCCCCCGGCUCUGCCAGCAUUUUCUUUCAACCCCGGAUCUGAGCCUUCUUUACCGCCAGCACAUGUACCAAACCGACCCAAUGGGCAUCGUCGACGACCUAGUGAAUUUGUUGGGGACAAUCAGUUGGUGACACCAGGGUCAGGGGAUGCCGACAAACGGGAAGAGCCGUCCGCGACACAACCAAGCCCUCCAGCAUCCGGUCCGCCACGAGGCCCAGGAAGACGCAACCAUGCUCAUCGCCGCUCCCAGGCUGUAUCAGGAGUCGAUCUUAUGGCCAUUCAAAAAGCACUUGCAACCCCUGCGGGGAGUGCACCUAAUACCCCUGGCGACCCGUUGGAUAAGCGACAUGAAGAUAUUUCCAGGCCACUUUCCUAUUCAGCUGGAAGUCUUGGACGUCCGACACCUCCUGCAUCACCCCAGUUUCCGCCUUCUUCCGAUAUUCCCCCCGUCCCACCUAUUCCGGCCGCUAUCCGGAUUGAAUCAGCCUCGAGUCACGAAGAUGUGGAUGUUGGACGCCCUGUUUCUGCAGUCUUCCAUGAAACCCCAGAGAGUCCCGCGAUGAUUAAACAUACACCGCCGGAGAUUGCGACGCCCCCAGCUGAGAAGGCACCGACACCGACUCGUAAGUCAAAGACCCGGCCGAAAACUGCCGAUGCGUCUUUGGCAUUCGACUUCAUGCAAGCCCAAAGUGUGCCGGAUGUGCCUACUGUGAAACGCUCCAAGUCGACCGGGCAUUCUCGUAAAGGAAAGAGUCGGUCUACGUUCCUCAAUGCAAACGUUGCGCACAACGCCAGUGAUGAUGCUCAUUCGACUGACACAUCUCGACCUUCUUACUCUGACGACGGGUCCGAGACCUCGAGCGAUAACGAGCACGACGACGAGUCUUCUUCACCUAAGAAAUCCAAAUCAAAGAAGAAGCAGAAGGGUGUUCGCUCAUGGGCGGGUGCUAUUCUGGGCAAAGGCAAGAAACACGCGAAGCAUGAGACUGACGUCGAAUCGUCGCUUGAGAAGGAGAAGGUUAAGAACAAGCAAAAGAAAACACCGCCUGCUUUGACGCCUCCCACUCUUACACGUACUAACUCGGAGGCCGCCUCCGUCAUGGAAGUUGAUUUCGAUAAUGACGAUGUUUUGAUUAUUCGGACUCCCACCAAUCCCGAAGGCCCUGUUUCACAAUCUGAACGUAAUCUGGACGACCGCCCUGCGCCUUCUUUAGAGACCUCGUGGAAGCCGAGAAGCUUCUAUGAACAAACGGCACAGGAUGAAAUCCUUAGCAGUCCAAUAAUUGAUCUUGAUGCUGCACUGGGUCCGUUCAACACCCCUGACAUGCGGCAAACUCGGGGAAACCUGAGCCAGUUUUCACUGGCGACACAGCGCAUGUACAGUGGAGGUCGAAGAGGAGAAUUUGUCGGUCCUGAGAUGCGAUACCAUCGUCGCACGGAAAGUGCUCCAGUGAUGCAGCCCUUUGACCGCAGCGCGCUAGGCCCACUUCGCUUGGGUGGAAAGGGUGCUGAAACUCCGGAUGUUUUCUAUGAGGAGGAAGAGGAUGCUUUCCUGGCUGAGAACCAGUCACCCAGGAACGGGCGUGAACGUUUCUCUCUGGGCCCUGCUCUAGGCCCUAUUAUCUUGCCAGAAUCAUUGAAGGAUGAUAAGAAGUCAGCAGAGUCUGUCAAGAGCGAUGACAGCGCAGAUACCUUGACUCGGGCGCCUGUAUCUAACCACCCUCAGCCUGAGCCUCGUCAGCCUGAGUCCCCUCCUGAGCCUCAGACCGAGGGCCUUGGUAUCCAGGCCGGUGACGAGCCUGUCAGUCCGAUGAAAGUUUCUGCUCCUAACUCACGAGAUGUCCCUGAAUCAUUUGAAGAUGCUGCCAAUCCAUUUGCCGGACAAGCCCGCGACUCUGUCGAGUUUUCCAAGCCAGAGGAGACACCUCCAAACCAAAUGGGACCUCCAAGUCCUGACGUUUCUCCUGGCUUCCUGGCCGUUGACAAGCGACCAUCUACAUCUCCUAACCAGCUGCCACUCAACAUUCCGCACUUUUCGCUCUCUGCAGGAGUUUCGCCUUCCGACUCAUCCUUCCCAUCUCCUGAUGUGCCCCGCUUCACCGACCGCAACUUUACAAGCCAUUCAUACCACCACCUUCCCUCAGACUAUCCAUAUCCCUAUGGCUCGUCCGAGGAUGUCCCAUCCUUGACGAGUAGUGCAUCGACUACGGCAAACACCAGGAACCGCUUUUCCGCCACAUUCUUCCCUCGCGCUCGCCUGUCGACGGAUCGUGCUUCAUCUUUCUCAGCGGCUGUUCACAGACGCAGCAGUCAAGCCAAUGCCUCCAAGAGGUCCAGUCUUGCCAGCCUGUCCAAGCUAGUCGGUGGUCCACACUCGGAACGUAGCAAACUCUACCACGAAGAAAAGCCUCCUGGCGAUGCAUCCGACAAGUUGAAAAAGAAGAAUCAUCGGAUUUCUCGACUUAUGCAUUUCUGGAAAGUGAAAGACAAAGAGAAGUCUGCUCCUGAACCGCCCAUUCCGGAGCGGCCGGUAUGA